AUGCUAAGAAACGCUAAAAGGGAAAGAUCAGAUAGCUGCAGCAGCAGCAGCAGCAACAGCAGCAGCAGCGGUGGCGAUUGCAGCAGCAGAACCAAGUUUCCUGUCUGUCCAGGCUCUACAGAUGUCGCAGCAGCAGAAAAUGCAACAUCAGCAGCCGCAGCAGCCGCAGCAGCAGCAGCAGCAGCAGCAGAUGCUGCAGCAGACACCAACUGCGCGUCAGCUGGACCCCAAGCCCCUAAAGAGCAGCAACAAGUGAAAAGGCUACGCAGGGAACAACCAGCAGCAGCAGCAGCAGCAGCAACAGCAACAGCAACAGCAGUAACUGUUGCAGCAAAUGACAGCACAGCAAAUGGGGUCGACGGCAGCUGUGGGAAAGAAGAGAGAAGCAACAGCAGGGGCACAAACAGCAGUGACAGCAGCAGCAGCAGCAGCAGCAGCAGCAGCAACCGCAGCAACAUGAUAGGAGAUAGUGGAGAUGAUGACUCUCAGCCUAUAGACGGUUCGCGCUGCUGCCUCGAUCAGCUAAACAGCAACAGCAACAGCAGCAGCAGCAGCAGCAGCAACAGCAGCAGCAGCAACAGCAGCAGCAGCUGCUGCUGCUGCUGCAACGAUAGCGGCAACAACGGAAGUAUCAGCAGCAGCAAUGCAUUUUUCAGCUUCAAGGGUAAGGCUUCUAGCCGCAGGAGCCGUUACCGCUGCAGCAGGAGGAGCAGCAGGAGCAGCAGCAGCAACAGCAGCAACAGCAGCAGCAGCAGCGACAGCAGCGACAGCAGUGGCGGCAGCGACAGCAACAACGCUUUUGGGGAUAAGCAAGAAUUUGUUGCGCAGCUGCAGCGCCCUUCUGCUGCUGCACCAGCAGCAACAGCAGCAGCAGCAGCAGCAGCAGCAGCAGCAGCAGCAGCAGCCCCAGCACCAGCAGGAUCAGGAACAGCAGCAGCAGGAUCAGGAACAGCAGCAGCACCCACAGGAGCAGCAGCAGGCGCAGCAGCAGUCCGGGCAAUGUGCCAAACGAUGAAUCUGCUGCUGCUGCUGCUGGGGGGCCGCGCGAGUCUUGCUGCUGCUGCUGGCGUCUGCAGAGAGCUGCGUGCUGCUGUGCUGCGCUGCAGCAGCUGGUUUGAGGUGUCUGCGCAGCAGGGGCUCGUGACAGCAGCAGCAGCAAAAACUCUGGAGCUUUCGGAAAGAAGAAGCAAAGGAAAAGUGUUUGCUGGUUUGCUUCCUGCUGCGCUGCAGCAGCAGCACCAGCUGCGCAUGCAGCGAGCCCUCGAGCGCACCGUGCAGCAGCUGCACCCAACCAGCAGCAGCAGCAGCAGCAGCAGCAACGGCAGCAGCAGCAGCAGCAGCAGCAGCAGCAGCGGGGAGCUGCUGCUGCCAGUAGCCAUUAGAUCUGUUAAUUUAAAAGUCUGCAACGCAGAUGUCAAUGAUGGAGUUCCUGCUUCGCUGCUGCGCGAGUUGGCGCUGCUGCAGCUGCUGCAGCGCGAGCACGCCUUUGCUGCUGCUGCUGCUGCAUCGUGCAGCAGCAGCCAGCAGCAACAGCAGCAGCAGCAGCAGCAAGAGUUUCCUAUUGUCAGAUAUGUCGGAGCUGAACUCAAAAACUCAGUGCUGCAUAUUUGCACGGAGUUCCACAAAAGAAACCUCAGGGCCUACUGGAAGGCGAGCAAACCCUAA